UUUUGAAGAGGAGGAGAGAAUAAUACACUGUGACGUCAUCGCUUGGCAAGGUGAGCUGAGACUUGAAAAGCCGGUACUAGGGACUGAUGAAGAUGGAGCUGUUCGGAUAUUUAGUAGCAGUUGUGGCAGUUUUUCAUGCAGCAAAUGGAAAUACCAUCGCAAUUGAUAUCCCAUCUGUAACGACAUCCCCAGGAGAGAAUGUUCAACUGAAGUGUACUUUCGAUGGCACCUGGGGGAUUGGAUUCAACAUGCAGUGGCUAAAGGAUGGAAACGCUAUUGCAGCACCAUCAUCCGUUAAUGUUAACCAGGACUUUGUUGGUCGCUUUAGUCUUGAUUUGUCUCCUCCUGUGUAUACAUUACAAAUUACUGGAAUUGAAAUAGGUGAUGCAGGCAACUAUGAGUGUGCAUUCACCAUCAGUGGUACAGUGCAGCAGACUCUCUCCUCUGUAGUCACUGUCAUAGCUUCUCCGACAGACGUAUUCCUUUACCAUGGCAAUAUGAGCAACAAGAUUUCAGGGGGCCAAAACUACAUGUUUGAGGAUCGUGUGGAGUCUGUUGUGGGAUGUGCAGCUUUAGGCGGUCAGCCGGCUCCAGUACUUGAGGUCAGUAUUGGGGACUCUGUCCAAACAGAUUUCAAUUCCGUUACCCUGGAUCCCAUUACUGACGCCGCAAUCCAGAACGACAAGUUUGCACUGGGUGUGCAGGAUGCCAACAAGAAGAUAAAAUGUACCUGGAAGACUCCAGAUGCUACCAACCCAAGAGAUCAAGGUUCUGUAGAAGUGACCCUCACCAUUGGUUAUAAACCAAUUAUCCAAUGUGAGAAUAACCGUGUCGCCUACAAGGGGGACGCUGUCUAUCUGAUCUGUACCGUGUACGCCAUGCCAGAGGCAUCCAACUUUUGGUGGGAGUAUCCUGGAUCAAACGCAACCCACCGUAUCAAUGGUUCUGCUACUUCACCUCAAGAUAGCCGAAUUGUGUCAACAAUGGAGGAUUUGACGGGCAAAAAUGUGGGCAAGAAAAUCACCCUAACCAUCAGUUCUGUUUCCAAGGAUGAUGCAGUUGAAUACACUUUGUAUGCCAUGAACUCUCAUGGACACAGUCAAAAGGCUGUGGCGGUGACAUUUGCUGGGGAGGUGAGCAUGGCCAGCCAUAUCGGUGGCAACAUUUUUCUGCUAGCCAGUUCGUUGUUGUUGUUGUUUGUGCGAUAAUCCAGAGCGAGACACCUUAGAAAAAUAUGAUUCAACUUCAAGAACACUACAUCAGAAAAGAAGAGGCGAAAGACUUUGGUGACCUUGAAGUGAAUAAUUUGGAGUUUCUCCUUGCAGCAGUGAAUGGAAAGAUAUAUUAAUACAAAUAGUUCCUCCUCUUUUUACCAGAUUAAACCAGGUCACACAUAGAGAUAGUUUAGUUUAUUUGUUACAUCAAAGAGAUGUAUUUAAUUUUUGUACUCUUCCAGAAGUGUCAAAGCUUAUUCAUGUAUUUGUAUCUUUUCAUGAAAGAAAACGUGUUCAUAUUUUUUCCUGAUCACUUCAUUCACUGCUGCUGGAAAUACUGUCAUUUUAUUAGAAUCUGGGGGCAGUGGUAAGAUAAUGGCUGCUGUCUGAAAAAAAAAUGGGGUGUCAGGCCAUGGUGCCUGCACUUAGACCGACAACUUACUGCUUAGCAGCAAGAGAGAGAAUUUCCAAACCUGAUGAUAAGCCAAGUAAUUUAAGUGCCAGAUGUAAUAAAAGGCCCUAGUUUGGUGGCUGUUUUUAUGGCUUUUUUACUGAGGUGUAGUUUUAGAAUUUCUGAAACUUCAAUGAAGAGUUGUUUCAAAGAUAAAAUGGCUUGUUAUGGUAUUUUUUAUUUGGUUUCCCUGACAGCCUAGAUAAUAACUAAAUAAAAAAUAUUUUAACCAAGUUGUUGGGUGGAGUUGAUGAUUUUGAUUUAAAAACCAGCAAGUUCAUCACACCUUCUCCCAGUAUCCCCUGUAAAAAUGGCCACCAAGUUAAAUGUAGAAGUAGUUCUAUUUCUCUGUAAUGGAAAUUAAAUCAGUGUGCACAUUACUACUGUGAGUAUGUAUAGAAUAAUGUCUUAGCAGAAAUUUGAUCUGGACCCCCAUUUUUGUAAUUAUUUUAAAUGGUGACUCUAAAAUGUUUAAUAAUACUGAUUAUACAUUAUGAUAUGACAUUUUUUAAGUUGACCCCCAAUCCAGGGAACAAAGAGAGGACGCUUACUAUAUUUUUAUGCUCACAAUAAUUAUCUUUUAGCAUCUAUCAAUGCAUCUAUGGUGUAUUUUAGAAUAGUUACUUCUAUACUGAAUGAUUUAUUAUUUUCCUUCGUGUUGUGAUGAUUCAGCUGCUAUCAGAGCAGGUAUAUUUUAGACCAGAAAGGGUCACAGAAUGCAUCAAUAGUCAAUUAAACCAGAUAAGGCACAUUCCAUAGUUUUCACCCAAGUGUUUUUUUUAAUCUGCUGCAACACAGCUAAGCCGUUCCUUGAGUUGUAGAUGAUCUUCCUAACAUUAUUACAUUUUCGUAAACUAAGGCCAAUACAGCCUGAGACAGGUUCAAUUCAACCUGGACCUUUUUUAUCAGGACCUUUUUCAUGUUACUGCAGCAUUAAUGAGUCAUGAGCACUUGUGGGAAAAUUAAAAACAUUUUUAAAAAAAUACUUUAUUUUGUUGAUAUUAUGUUUUGAAGACAACAAGGGGUGUUGGUUGGUGAUCUGAUGAUGCAUUCUGAACACCUCCUGAGGCUAAUUUAAAACCAGUCUGAUUUCAGUUUCAUGUAUUCAUUAAUUUAGACAGUGACUAUAUGAAAUUAUGACAAUAUUUAUACACAAACAAUUAUAUUCAUAUAUACUCAGGUAAAUAGAGGUUUUUCGCGAUCAUGUGUACAGCUUUUUCAGUAGAACUCGAUACACAUAUGUAGCUAACGCCACAGAAAUUGUAAAGUGUGAUUAUAAUAAUAAAUGGGCUGAUGGUUAAGCGUAACUUGUACACUGCACAGUUUGCUGCCUGACGACAAGAUAUUUAAACUUUGGCUGGCAAACUGUUAAUGACAGCAAGCAACUUGUAAACAGGGUCUUCACUUAAGAUAUAUUUAUAUAUGGAAAUACGUAUCAUCUCUGUGAAGUGAUUAAGGAGUCCUUUCUUCGGAAAUGGUGAUAUUUUUCACUUGAAAUUGUGGUGUUUUAGAUAGACCAUUGCUUGCUCAUGUCUAGGUUGCUUUAUACCUACUUUGACUGAGACUGUUACUUGUUGUUUAGACGCAAAUUGUAUAUGCUUGUGACACGUAGCUUGCAUGAACUGCUUUUAAUAUAAUUAUUGAAAGGUUUAUAUUUUUAAUUUUUGGUUGUGGAAGAGCUGUGAGCUGUGGCAGUUGCAAAUCACUUUACAAAACUAAAAUGCUAUAUACAGUGGUAUUUUUAAAAGGUGUCAUGAAGCAUUCUGAUGACAUUUUUUUUUUUUU